AAUAUGUCAGCCCCCAUAACCAUGUGAACAAUCCUGCAUUUUUCAUUUUUUGGCAACUAUCUCAGCACCGUUGUGUGUUAUAUGACUAUAUUGGAUAUUCAUUGAAAGGAUGGGAAAAUCAAAGAAAAAUCGUCAAAAAGACUUCCAGAAGGUUAAGCUGAAAGUUGGUAAAAGGCUACCAAAAGGUCAAAAUGUGACGAAUACCAGCUUUAAAUCUCACUCAGUCCAAAUUAGGGAGCAGCUGAAGACCAGCACAGAUUUGCCCAGCACUAAACGAAAGUUGAAUAUAAAUGACUUACUAGGCCAGCUUCACCAUUACAAUAUAUCUGUACGACAUGAUGCUUUGGUAGGACUAAGAGAACUAACAACAGAACACCCUGCUAUUCUCAACACUCACUUACCCGAUAUAUUAGAGAAAACAUCAACACUGUUUGUAGACAAAGACAAUGUAGUUCGCCAGGCCAUCAUGAAAUUGCUGAAGAACAUUUUUCCAAAUGUUUCAACCACUCAGAUUCAGCCGUUUUUCCCAAUUCUGGUGGCUCACUUAUGUUGCGCAAUGACGCAUAUAUUUGACGAUGUUAGAGCAGACUCCCUGGCGAUUCUAGAUAUUACUUUGGAUAACUUUCCUGAAUUAGUCACGAAAAAUUCCGGUCAACUUUUACAGAAUUUCUUGGAUUUGAUAUCCAAAUCGUCCAACACAAGCAGUAGUUCCUCACAGACAAGAACUCUCUCUGUCAACCCUAAUAGCAAACUCUCAAGCCAGAAAUGGAGAAUAAAAGUUUUAGAACGUCUUCAUAAUUUCCUCAGUGCUGUUGUGCGGAACGCCUCUGAUGGCAAAGUAGAGAUAUCAACAAGUGGCGCAACAUUGACUGUCAAUCAGGACUCUGAUUGUCCUUAUAUACAACUGAUUGGUUACGAUCAUGUCAGCCAUUUACAUGAAGGAUUCAAAUUAAGGAGCCAGGAGAGUACGGAGGCUUCAGCUGCCACUGAACACCUGAGUAUGUUUAUAGAGAAUCUAUUACCACUGUUGACAUCAAGUUGGAUGGAGGUCAAGCCUGAUGACACUACUCAAGGUGCUGCCCUCUCAGAAGAGGCUGCAACUUUGAUGCUGAGAAUUCUGGGUGUUUUGCACCUCCUGUGCCAGUUGGUGACAUCAUCAUCCCAAGAUCAGGUAUCAUUAUCCUGGUUGUGUGGGUUAUACAUGGCUGACUUCAACCAAUACUUCAUGGCUGGGUUUCCCUACAGCAUUCACACAUCAGUCAGGAAGGGAAAGCAACAGAAACAAGAGGUGACAUCCACACAACUGAACCUUGCUUUAUGUUAUGUAAUGGCUCAGUUCCUCAGUGUUCAGAAUGGCAAAUCACUGCAAAGUACUGCAGCACUUUCACACACAAGUGCAGCUAGAAAACUGAAGAGAGCAGCAAGGAAACAGAAAAGUGCAGUAACACAACUUGAUUGUGCAGCUCAGUUGAAGAAUGUGAAUACUUUCUUAGUAGAACUGGUUUCACAUGAGAAGCUGUCCACUCCCAAUCUUGAGGAUGUGUUGUCCAUUGUUCAUGUACUCAUCAAAGAAGAAAAUAACAUAGAAAGUGCAGUGAACAUAUUAGAUACGUUGUUUGAUCUGUUCACUAGAUGUCACCACCUGUCUGGAGACAGAGUUCUGUUGCUGGACAUCCUAGAUACGAUUCUACUUAUGGAUAACCAUGAUUUGUUAGGUUCUGAUGCUGUUUGUCAAUGGAUCAAGAUCUUGCCAUCUUGGUUGGUUGCCAUUAGCAACACCAAUGAGGAGACUGUUUGCAAAAUCGUGAGAAUGUUGCAAACUGCAGCGAGUAUUCAACAUUUUGCCUUUGUCUCAGGCAUAGAGGAGGCCCUGCUGGAUAUACUAGAUGCAGAGCGAGGGGUGUUCAACAAAUUUUCACCCAGUGUGCAAAUCAGCAUCUUAGAAUUGUUUUACCGUGUACCCAGAUUCUCCCGUAUGUGCUAUGGUGCAAUUCUCACAAUGUGUCAUGCUAAAGAGCAUAAUCUAUCUCUUCCUGUUGUACAACACUUGCUCAAUAUUCUGGCUAGGAGGUGUGAACGCCUUGUGUCUAGUGACUCAGUUAGCAGAAUAGAGCAGCUUGAGGAAACAGGGGCCUUUGUCAGCUUCAUACUGUCUCUUAUGUUGGCUGCACCGCAUGAAGAGCUUGGUCAGGACAGAGGGACUAUAGAAACGGGGUACAAAUUCACCUCAGACUCAGCACUAGAUUAUACCAGAUACUUGUCAUUGUCUAAGAUGUCAGUAAGCACCUUGCAAGAGUUGAGUCAGGUAAUCGCAGGGAACACAUUGGCAGUGACCCUGAAGCCACUCAUGGCCCAUACUUCAUUACCAUUACAAACAGCAAUGUCACUCAUCUACUAUAGCACCAUCUAUAGAUCAACAUUUGACUCUUCCACUACUCACCAGAUGGCAACACUGUGCAGUUCACUACUUCGCCACCUUUUAUCAAUUGAGGAAACUAACGUAGAAAAGUGUAAUAUUUGGAGAGAUCUAUACCAGGAUGUGUUGACAAUGAUCUCAACAUGUGAUGCAAUAGCAGUUCAAGUGUUGACAUCAUUGAUUAAUAUUGUUAAAGAGAAUAUAUCAUCAGAUAGGGAUGAGAUGAGGACAUUCUGCUUGGUGUUGAAGACAUUCCUAAGACAUUCAGCCAUGUCUCCCCACAUACAGCCAGUAGUACAUCAGCUUCAGAGUUUGGUUGAAUACGUACACAACCACACUAGUGAUUCAAACACACUUCAGGACUCAUGGUGGACAGAUUUGAAAUAUGAUAUUUCCAUAUUGAAGUGAAAAAUGAAUAGACAUGUGCUAGAAGAGGCCUUACUUUUAUAGAAGAGGCCUUACUUUUAUUUUAUAGUAAUAAAUUUUGCGG